AUGAAGCAAGCUCAAGAUCGACAAAAGAUCUAUGCCGACCUAAAAAGAAAAGAAGUGGAAUUCCAAGUGGGUGAUAAAGUUUUUGUAAAAGUUGUGCCUUAUAAACAUAUUAUGAGAUUUGGAAAGAAAGGCAAGCUCGCUCCAUGUUACAUUGGACCCUUUGAAGUAUUGGAAAGGGUAGGCCAAGUAGCUUAUAGACUUGCGCUGCCAAUGAGCAUGGAAAGAGUCCAUAAUGUUUUCCAUGUCUCUUUGUUGCGUAAGUAUGUUAGUGAUCCUUCACAUGUGCUUCAGAUGGAGGAAGUGGAAUUACAGGAUAAUUUGGCUUAUGAGGAACGCCCAGUUCAAAUCCUUGACAGAAAGGUAAAAGAGCUCAGAAACAAGCAAAUUCCACUAGUUAAAGUACUUUGGAGGAAUCACAAGAUAGAAGAAGCUACUUGGGAAAUGGAGCAAGAUAUGAGAAGUCGAUACCCGGAGCUGUUUCUAUAAUUUCGAGGACGAAAUUAUUGUAAGGGGGGAGGAAAUGUAAUA